AUGAGCGCCUGGGCUUUUACAGCUCCCACCCAGCCAGUGCUUGCUCAAGUAAACCCUCGAGCUUCACUCGGCUCACUCCCAACCGCGCUUCACCGACCGCGCCUGCCACACAUGGCUGCAUCCGUCUCCAUGCUUGCCGCUAGGCCCUGCGCCAGCCCCGCCCUGCCUUCAGAGUGCGUGUUGCCGCCGGUUCGAGCGGCCGAUUUCGCCAGCUUCAGCGGGCUCAAGGCCGUGCAGCCCGUCGCCGCCGUCGCACAAUCCGUCGCACACCGUCCGACGCCUUCGUGUCGCAGCGCAGUUGUUGUGCGCGCGGGAGUUGCCAUCUCGUCGCUGGCGCCGGUGGGCGACCGCGUGCUGGUGCGCCUGGAGCAGGCGGAGGAGCGCACGGCGGGCGGGCUGCUGCUGCCGUCGUCAUCGCAGAGCAAGCCGCAGGGCGGCAAGGUCGUCGCAGUGGGCGACGGGCGAACCAUCGGCGACAAGACUGUUCCCGUUGGUGUUGAGGCGGGCGCGCGCGUGGUGUACAGCAAGUACGCGGGCACGGAGGUGGACUACGAGGGCGCGCUGCACGUGCUGCUGCGCGAGGACGACGUGGUCGGUACGCUAGACAGCGACGACGUCGCGCAGCUUAAGCCGCUCGCCGACCGCGUGCUCAUCAAGGUGCAAGAGGCGGAGCAGGUGACGGCGGGUGGGGUGCUGCUGACGGAGAGCGCCAAGGAGAAGCCCGUCAUCGGCACGGUGGUGGCAGUGGGGCCAGGGGCGGUGAAGGAGGACGGGUCGAGGCGGGCAGUGGAGGUGCCAGUGGGCAGCACGGUGCUGUACAGCAAGUAUGCAGCCAGCGAGUUCAAGGCCAAGGAUGGCUCCCCGCACGUCGUGCUCAGGGAGGCUGAUGUCAUGGCCGUGCUCUCGUAG